AUGACUGGAGAAGGCGAUCUACCCCCUUCCAUGGCUGCUGAGAAAGAUACUGAACUUUCUCCAACUAGUCCAUACUACGUCCAUCCGUCGGAUAAUCCUACAUCAGUCAUCUACACCCCUCUACUCACCAGAGACGACUACUGCACAUGGGGGAGAGGCAUGUUCAAGGCACUCAGUGCGAAAGGCAAGACUGGAUAUAUCGAUGGCACGGCCAAAAAGCCGACUAAUGCAUCAGAUCUCGCUCACUGGACGAGAUGUGAUGAAUUAGUAGGUAGCUGGAUAUCUAAUUCCGUUGAUCCAGAAAUUUGCUCAAGCACUCAGAACUUCCCAUCGACUCAUGAACAAUGGUUAGAAAUCAAAUCUCGAAUUUCUCAUCAUAAUGCUUCCAAAUUAUAUGCUUUGAAACAGUCUAUUGCUCUGCUGAAACAAGACAAUCUUAGUGUUGCUAUGUAUUAUACCGGAUCAAAUCACUUUAGUCAAAUACUAAUCAUGGAACCCAUGCCAUCCCCUGCCAAGAUUUAUAAUCAUGUCAGGCAAAAAGAAGAACAACAGGGCAUACAAUCUUCUUCCAUCCCGACUGUUGAUUCUGCAGCUUUGAGUGUUGCACGUAAUGACCCACUUCAUUCUAGGGUUCCUUCAAACAACGACACCAACAAAAGAGUUCGCCCUUUCUGUGACCAUUGCAAUAUACACGGGCAUACCAGGCAGACUUGCUGGAAGCUAAAUGGGUACCCGAAAGACUUGCCACAGUCCAGAAAUUUGGAAUCCAACACCGUUGUUGCUGUUCACCAACCUGCUACUGCCGCUCCUGCUAUUACUGCUUCUCAGUAUGCACGGCUUCUAACCCUGCUCGAACCUGAUCAUGACAACGACGACAUAACACCCUAA